AUGGCCACAAGAGUUUUCAUGCGCUGCUUCCUCGUGAGCGCCUUGUUGGCCUUCGCCGCCCCCGGCCUGGUGAAAAAGACGCUCCGGCAUCGUCGUCAGAUUCCUCUGGAGCAAAACGUCACCUCGACCGGAGCCGACCGGCAGCCCGUGGUGUUUAAUCAUGUCUAUAACAUCAACGUCCCUGCCGGCCACCUGUGCUCUGUAGACGUGGACGCCGCGGAGAGCGCAGAAACGGCUGUUGAUUCCGGAAGCCACCUCUCUACAGAUGGGGAGAGUCAGAUCGUCUUCACGCACCGGAUCAAUAUCCCGCGCAGGGCGUGCGGUUGUGACGUCGACCAGGCGCGCAUCCAAGACCUGCUGAGCCGAAUCGAAAUGCUGGAAGGCGAAGUAUCGGCGUUGAGGAGUCGCUGCGGUGUAGGGGAGGGUAUGUGUUGUGGCACACGGGUGGACGACGCAAGGACCGACUCUCUGUGCGGCGUACAUGGAAAAUACAGCAAAGAGACAUGCGGUUGCACGUGUGAACCAGGUUGGAAAGGAGCGAACUGCACCCAGCUCGAUUGUCCUGAGGGUUUCCUCGGGGGCGACUGCUCCGGGCGGGUCUGUCCCGAAGACUGCCGAGAUCACGGGCGUUGCGAGAGCGGCAAAUGUAUCUGCGAGGAGCCUUGGACCGGUUCCGAUUGCUCUGAGCUGGUCUGUCUCAAAGAUUGCUUCGGUCGCGGGCUCUGCGUCAACGGAACGUGCCACUGCGAGCCCGGUUUCUCUGGGGAGGACUGCGGGAUGCUCGCCUGUCCUGACGACUGCCACGGUAACGGCCUCUGUAUCGACGGGCGUUGCGCGUGCGCGGCAGGUUACGGCGGUGACGACUGCUCCCGCCUCACCUGCCUCAACGACUGCAACGCCAGAGGCGCCUGCUUCAAUGGGAUGUGCGUCUGCGACGCCGGGUAUCAAGGCGACGACUGCAGCCAGUUGGCGUGCCCGAACAACUGCCACGGGAGAGGCCAGUGCGUCAACGGACGGUGCGCGUGCGAUGUCGGCUUCCGGGGAAACGACUGUGGCGAAAUUUCUUGCCCGAAUGAUUGCCUCCAAAGGGGGCGUUGCGUCAACGGUCAGUGCGUGUGCCAGGAAGGCUUCGCCGGCGAGGAUUGCAGCAUCAAGACCUGCCCGUCCAACUGCUACGGUCGAGGCGAGUGCGUCAAGGGCCGCUGCGUGUGCCACGCCGGCUUCACCGGUGCUGACUGCGCCCUGUUGAGCUGCCCCGAAGGCUGCCGGGGCCGCGGGCGCUGCCUGGACGGACAGUGCGUGUGCGACGAAGGUUUCACCGGCGAGGACUGCGGUCAGAAGGCCUGCCCCAACGACUGCCUGGCUCGGGGCCGAUGCGACGACGGGACGUGCGUCUGUCAGGAAGGUUACUCGGGGCGCGACUGCUCCCGGCUCACCUGUCCGGACAAGUGCAACGACAGGGGGCGCUGCGUCAAGGGAAAGUGCCAGUGUGAAGCAGGGUACGAAGGCGAGACCUGCGCUGAGCGGAGCUGCCUCAACCGGUGCCACGAAAGAGGACGUUGUGUCGAGGGACGCUGCAUCUGCGAUGAGGGGUACAUCAGAGAUGACUGCUCUGAAGUGUCUCCUCCAACGGAUCUCACUGUGGGUGAGGUCACCACGGAGACUGUGGACUUAUCCUGGAUCAAUGACAUGCUGGUGACCAAAUACCUUAUCACGUACGAGCCCGCUCGGCCCGGUGGGCUCCUUUUGGACUUCAGGGUCCCCGGAGACCGAACAGCCGCCACAUUGAAAGAGCUGGAACCUGGCGUAGAGUACCAUAUCAAUGUGUACGCCGUUCUGAACGACAAGAGAAGCGUGCCAGUUAGCGCCAAGGUGGCGACAGCCCUUCCACAGCCACAAGGUUUAAGAUUCAAGUCUGUGAACGACACCUCCGUUGAAGUAGCGUGGGAGAAGCUGAACAUUCCCUUCGACGGCUGGGAGAUCUACUUCCGUAACAUGAAAGAAGAAAACGGAAAGGUGGUGAACAAAGUUCCCUCGUCUCAAAACCACUUCCUGCAGAAGGGCCUGGGGCCGGGGCAGGCAUACGAGGUGUCUAUCAGGAUGAUAAAAAACAACACGAGGGGACCACCAUUAAUUGAACAGGUUACAACUAACAUCGAUGCCCCACGGCAGCUCCAAGUGCUGGACGUGAGCGAUUCCUCGGCGCUCGUCAGCUGGUCUGAGCCGGUGGCGCAGAUGGAUCGGGUGACCCUGUUUUACAAGCCCAGCAAAGUCUCCUCUGAAGGCGCCAAAGUGGAGAUCUUUCUACCGGACAAGCAGCACAGCCUGGAGGGCCUGAGGCCUGACACCGAGUACACAGUGUCGCUCGUGGCGCGCAGCCGAGACGUCAGCAGCGAACCGGCCGUUGCUACUUUUACUACAGCACUGGACGCCCCCAGGGAGCUGCUGGCCACACUGCAGACAGAAAACAGCAUCACUCUGAAGUGGCGCAACAGUCAAGCCCAAGUGGACAGCUAUCGUGUGAAAUACAGCCCUCUAUCUGGCGCAGCCCAUGGUGAGGAAGUUUUCCCACCAGGACUCGGAGAAACUACAACAGCCACAAUCGCAGGUCUGAGGCCAGGAACAGAGUAUGGGAUUGGAGUGACCAGCGUGAAGAAUGAGCGGGAAAGCCUACCAGCCAUCAUAAACGCAGCAACAGACCUGGAUCCUCCUCGAGGUCUGGAGCAAACAGAAUCCACGGCGACGUCUAUCGGCAUCCGCUGGGAGAAACCGCACGCCAGGGUAUCGCGUUACCGUUUGGUGUACGUCUCAAGAGACGGGCAAGUCGAGGAGACUGAGAUUCCUGCCUCUGAGACUACAUUCGUCUUACCCGAUUUGACGCCGGCGACAAGUUACUCUGUCACCCUGACGGCCGAGCGAGGCCACAAGAUGAGCGCGCCAGUCACUCUGGCUGCAUCCACAGAAGUGGCGAGGCCCUCCGUGGCCAACCUCACCUUCUCCGACAUAACGUGGAACGGCUUUGUGGCUUCCUGGAGCCCCUCGGUCGGCGACUUUGAAAGCUUUGUGGUGGAGGUAACAAACCUGGACAAUAUGGCGCAGAGCCAGAACCUGAGUGUGUCAGGCGGAGCGCUUAGCCUGGGCCUCUGGGGCCUGGAUGCCAACACAAGCUACAUGGUUGGCCUUUAUCCCCUCUACCGGGGCGCCUUCCUGGAGCCCGUGUACGCCGAAGCCUCCACAGAGGCAGAACCUGAGGUGGAGCAUCUCUUUGUCUCCGACAUCACGGCCGACAGUUUCCGUGUGUCGUGGACGGCGGACGAAGAUCUGUUUGACAGAUUUGUGAUCAAACUACGGGACAGCAAAAGAUUAUCCCGUCCUCAGGAACACAGCGUCCACGGCGACGAGCGAACCAGGCUAAUCACCGGACUGGUGGCGGGCACUGAGUAUGAAAUUGAGCUUUACGGCAUUUCUUUGGACCACCGCUCCCAGCCAAUCUUUGGGGUUGCUCAAACAGGCCUGACAACUCCAAAGGGCCUUCGCUUCUCCGACAUCACUGAUUCAUCCGCAGUGGUCCACUGGUCCACGCCUCAGUCUGCAGUAGACAACUAUCAUAUCACCUACAUGCCAUUUGAGGGCGGAAGUCCGAUGAGCGUAACUGUGGACGGUGACGUAUUGCAAGCUCUGUUGUCCAACAUGAGUCCCGGCAAGAUGUACCAAGUAACGGUUCGGGCCAUCAAGGGUCUGGAGGAGAGCGACCCUAGUGGUGAUGUUGUAACAACGGGUUUGGACCGACCUCAGGGUUUAGCCGCGUUCAACAUCACGGACAGCUCCGCUUCGUUGCAGUGGCAACCGUCCGUAGCCGCGGUGGACGAUUACAUGAUAUCGUAUAGUUCUGAGUCAGCGUCGCCUAUCGUGGAGCGUGUUUCUGGAACAGAGUUGAAGAUGGCCUCGUUGCUUCCCGGAACUCGCUACAACGUUGAACUUUUCGCCACCAAAGGGGAGCAGAUGAGCGCCUCCGUCCUGACAGAAUUCACCACCAAAGUGGACCCCCCUCGAGAUCUGGUUGCUGUUAACAUUCAAACGGACGGCGCCACCCUAACGUGGAGACACCCUCAGGUUGCUGUCAGUGGUUAUUCCUUGACUUUCUCUGCGCCGGAUGGCUCGACCCGGGAGGUCAUGCUGAGUCCGACCGCCUCUUCGUACAACAUGGUCCAGCUGGCGAGAUCCACAGAGUACACAGUCCAACUGCAAGCUAUCUCGGGAACAGAGAAAAGUCAACUCGUAACCACUGUCUUCAGUACAGAGGGUCACUUGCACAAGUACCCCAAAGAUUGCGCUCAGAUCUUCUUGAACGGGGAGAACAUAUCUGGCAUCUAUACUAUCUACGUGGCCGGAGUAGAAAGUCAAGUCAUCCAGGUCUACUGUGACAUGGAAACAGAUGGCGGAGGAUGGAUGGUCUUCAUGAGACGGCAGAACGGAAGGUUAGAGUUCUUCAGGAACUGGAAGAACUACACCGCUGGUUUCGGUAACGUGAAUGAUGAGUUCUGGCUGGGUCUCGGAAACCUUCACAAGAUCACGACUGCUGGCCAGUACGUGCUCCGCGUAGAUCUGAGAGACGCCGGAGAGUCGGCCUACGCUCAGUACGACAAGUUCUUUAUCGCAGAGCCCAGAACACGCUAUAAGAUUCACAUCGGCGCUUACAGCGGGACGGCAGGCGACUCCAUGACGUACCACCAGGGCCGUCCCUUCUCCACUUUCGACAAUGACAACGACAUCGCCGUGACCAACUGCGCUUUGUCCUACAAGGGCGCCUUCUGGUAUAAAAACUGCCAUCGAGUCAACUUGAUGGGAAAAUACGGAGACAAAAGUCACAGUAAGGGCGUCAACUGGUUCCACUGGAAGGGCCACGAGACCUCCAUCGAGUUCGCCGAAAUGAAACUCCGACCGGUCGACUUCGGGAAACCGGAGAGCAGGAAGAAAAGAUCGUGA